AUGCCUCGACGAAGAAGGAGGACAGCUCCAUCCAGACCUAGUCAAAAGGUGUAUGGGCCCCCCCCACCAACACGUGAGGAGGAGAAUGCCCAAGAAAAUGACUUGAUCGAGAUUCUCGAGUCAUUCGGAUGCUUUGAGAGCAACGUGGAGCUGAGACACAGAGAGAAUGUGGUCCAGAGACUGGAGUCACUGUUCAAAGAGUGGCUCAUAGAGAUGUGUCUGCAAAUGAAUUUACCAGGCAUUGUCCCGCAGAAGGUUGGAGGGAAGCUCGUCCCUUUCGGCUCCCAUCACCUGGGGGUCGCCUCGAAAGGCGCCGACAUCGACCUCCUCUGUGUGGGACCGGGUUUCCUCCAGAGGAAGGACUUCUUCUCCUCUUUCGUUAGAAAACUGAAGAGGCAGAGAGAGGUCAAAGACAUACGGGUCAUUGAAGAGGCAUUCGUCCCUGUCGUUAAACUGACCUUUGAAGGAAUUGAGAUAGACUUAGUCUUUGCCAGGGUGGCCAGGAACAGAGUCCCACAGGAAAUGGACCUGCUCCGAGAGGAUUGGCUACAGGGGACGGACCUCCACUCUGUGAGGAGUCUGAACGGCUACAGAGUAACAGAGGAGAUCCUCAGGCUCGUGCCUAAUGUUCAGAACUUCAGACUCGCUCUGAGGACCAUAAAGCUCUGGGCCAAACAAAGAAACAUAUACUCAAACUCUUUAGGUUUCCUUGGCGGUGUUUCCUGGGCCAUUCUGGUAGCCAGAAUCUGCCAGGAGUACCCGAACGCCUCAGCCUCCACCCUGGUCACAAAGUUUUUCAAGGAGUACAACAUGUGGAAGUGGCCAAACCCCAUCAUGUUGAGGGAGUUGAAGGAUUGUCAUUUCAACCUUCCUGUGUGGGAUGCAAGGGUUAAUCUGGCAGACCGCUCCCACUCUAUGCCGAUCAUCACGCCGGCAUACCCAAUGCAGAACACUGCUUUCAACGUGACUCCCUCCACCUUGGCCAUCAUGAAGGAGGAGAUCCAGCGUGGCCACACUAUCGCCGGCUGGUCCCAACUCUUUGAGAAGCCCAAUUUCCUCAGGAAGUACAAGUAUGUAAUAAUCUGCCCAAAGAUGAACAUGUGUAUCAGCAUUCACAAAAUACACAAUCCUUUCUUAAUAUGGAUAUUUCCACCUAGUUUAUUAGUCAUUCUUAGCUCUGAUAUUUUAAACAUAUACAUUUUUGUGUCUGUCUUGAUGCCUAAAGCUUUUUGUAAUAGUAUAAUUAUGCUUUCAAAGAAGGCAGAUCUUUAUAUCGGAUGUUUUUUCAUGUUGUGUUUUUUCUUAAUGAAGAUGGAACAGUGUUCACACUGCAUAAAAUGCUGUUCUGCAUAUCUUCAUCUGAAUUACGUAUUUGUUUUCACACGUUGUGCUUUAUAUAAGAUGCCAGCCUGUGCACAAAGGCUCAAUGCUGUGACGUGUAUUGCAACUGUUGUCUCUUAUGUUUCAAGGCAUUACGUUCUGCUGCAAGCUACUUCAGCUACAGAGGAGCAGCAUCCUGCAUGGGUUGGCCUGGUGGAGUCUAGAAUCCGACACCUGGUGGUAAAUCUGGAGAGAAAUGUGUUGGUGACCCGGGCCCACAUUAACGUCCAGUCCUACCCUGAACGCAGCACGGGCAACGCCAGAGCGCCGGUCAGAACAAAGUGGCUGAUUGGACUUGUGUUCAAUGAAAAGGGGGGCCAACACCUGUCAAUAGACCUGACUCUCCAGCGCUUCAGUGACAUCGUCCACAGUGUGGCAGGUCGCUGUCAGAUGUUCAGAGAGGGGAUGAGCACAUCAGCUCGAUACAUGUCCCAGAAGGACUUCAGCUGGGAUCUGCCUCAGGAGCCUGGCAGGAGGGUUAUCAGUGAAGAGCCGCAGCCCUCAGUGAGCACCGCUGCUCCAUCUCUGACGAGUCACCAGGCGACAAAGAGGUCUCGUUCGCCUCACUCAGAAAGUUCCAGCAAGAAGUUUAAAUCUGACGAGGGGCCGAGCGAGGAAGUCUGUCUCAGCCAAUCAAAGAGUGGAGGUCUCAAGAGAGCCCGCACUCCUGAGUCAGAGUCACCGAGCAAGAGGGUCCGAACUGAUCUGCUGAGGCCCGCUGAAACCUGA